AUGCUCGUCAAGAUUGAGGAAAGCCCGGGUUACUGGUGCCUAGCUCAAAACCUCAGUGUUGAAGAGUCUUCGCGGUUGGCAUAUCUCGAACGCGAAGGGAUUAAUGGAAAAAUAUUCACUCUAGGGCAUAGGUAUGGACCUGCUGUAUACAAGGGACUUUCUUGAGUGGGAAAGGUUACUGGAUUUAUCGAGAUGUGGAAGUAAGACUAGGAAACCGGGAUUAGCUGUUUGCACUGGGGAUCGCAUGGUGAAUAAGCACUUGGGAGGGAUUUAGUAAUCGAUUCACGCUGACAAAAAAAGAUAUAUCGCUGAUUCCUCCAAUCUUCUCCAAGGUGAAUUUCUACCAAGUGAGUUCUUGGAUGUUGCUCAUGAGGAUGACUAUAAAAUAUCCUUCGACUGGGAACACUUUCUUGAUGAUCUGGGAUGCGAUAACAGGGAGCUGGUGGCUGAUAGGUGCUAUCUCACGUUAAGAGAUCGCGGGAGACGAGUUGUUUCACAGCAGCCAAUUGGCCCUUUGUACCAUGCCUAA